AUGGAUGGCAACUUAUGUGGUCGUGGAUGCUCCCAUGGUGGUUCGGGAAGGAGCAGUUCCUCCUUAGUAGCGAAUAAGAGCAAUUUUAAAAAUCGUUGCACUCGUUCAUUAGAGCAGGGGAGUAAAAUCAUUACAGGUAGAAUCUGUACAAAGGUUGCAAGGUCUAGAAUAUUUAUUUUGUUUUUUCUAACCCUUUUGAAUCUCUUUUUACAAAAUACGUACUACACAAAUGAAGAGGGGAAAUCAUUUUCCAAAUUAGAAUUAAGCAUCGGUGGAUGUUCCAGGAAAUUAGCAUUAGCUGAAAUAAGACAACUGAGGGAAAGUGCCACUUUAGCUAGACUGGCUCUUAAAAAAGAAGAUAGUGAUCAUUUGAGGAAGUACAAAGAAGAUUUUUACAAGAGAAUGGAAGAAAGGUUGAAACAAGUAGGCCCAGACCCGUUACCCAAUUGUUUGAAAAAGGGGGAUAAAAUUACUACAGUAAAAAAAAAAAUGCAGUUUGUAGAGCCGGAAGAGAUAAUCCAGAAAGGGAAAACUUCGAACAGGACAAUGCUGAAAGUGAAAUUUGAGGAGCAAAAUGAGAUGGAGAAAAAUGAGAUGGAGAAAAAUGAAAUGGGGAAAAAUGAGAAGGGGAAAAAUGAGAUGGGGAAAAAUGAGAAGGGGAAAAAUGAGAUGGGGAAAAAUGAGAUGGGGAAAAAUGGGAAGGGGAAAAAUGAGAUGGGGAAAAAUGAGAUGGGGAAAAAUGGGAAGGGGAAAAAAGGGAAAGAAAAAGAUGAGAAAGAGAAAGAAGAAGCUCCCGUGGACCCAAUGAAGCAUUUGAGGAAUGAAAAAAAUAAAAUAAUGACUACAGCGGAGUUGAAAAAAAAAUAUGAUGACAUUUUGUACAAACAUAUAAGCAAAGAAGAAAUGAAGGAAAUUAUGGAUUCCAUUGAAGCCAGUGAUUAUGAUAAUAUAAGGCGAAGUAAGAAUGUCGUUUAUAACGAGGAUGAUAAUGACCAAUUGCCAUAUGAUUGUACGAUGAGAGAGAUUAGUGAGAAGAUUACAGAAGAUUUUUUAAGUGAGAUGACUGCAGAACUACGGAAGGUUGUAAGCCCAAAGGACAUGUUUAUAAUCUGGCAUUAUGUUCAGGCUUUUGGAAGAGAUAAAUAUUUAAGGAUGAAUGGGGAUUUGUGGAGAUUGUGUGGACAUGUGCAGAAGGAAUAUAACAUACCAGAUGACAUUAAAAAAAGAGAAUGGCAAGAAAUCGCUGGCUACAUGUCAAGUGAGUUACUGGAUAAGGAACACAAAGAUUAUUUAGAUUUUAAAGAAUUAGCUAAUAAGGGAUCCUGCAAAAAAUCCAAGUUUUACGAAUUUAUAGAUUCUAAAAGGAGUUCGUGGAAAUUCUUAACGGCUAUAAUGAUGGAUUCGUGGAAGGAGGCAUUAAUUGAGAGACUAAAAAGUUACAGCAUAGAAGAGGAGUAACCUUUUGCUACCGGUGAUGCAGCGAUGCAGUGAUGCAGGGCUACAUUGCUACAGUGCUACAGUGCUGCAAUGCUGCAAUGCACGGUUUAUUUCUAAAAAAAAUGGAGAGUAUCAGACAAAUAGGUAACUUUUGACACGCAGGAGGAUGUAUAUACACGCAUGUACACUUGAAUUAUGUUAUACAUUUGUGAGAUGGUAUUUUGCACACCGCGUGAAUGUAUUACCUUUUUUCCCUUGCCUGUCAAUGGAACGAUAAAAUGGGCUAGCAGAAAUUUACCGUAACAAAUGAUUUCC